GCCGCUGCCGUCCCCCGGCCCCGCCCCGCGAGGAGGCUGGAGGAGGGGGCUGUGGCCGGCGUGGGGCUGGGAAGAGGAAGCGGGGAAACGCUCCCAGGCGGCAGCAGCGGCGGGCGGGGUCACGAACUCUGACCUUUCACAGGGGCACGGCACAAAACCAAAACAAACCCCCCCGCUAACAAAUACUACUAACCCGAGGCCCCCCCUCCCCUCCGCCCUCUCGGGCCCGUCGCCCAGCACCGCUGCCUAACAGGCCCGGUUGGACCCGGGUCACCGCCGGGGCACGUUUGGCGCCAAAGCCUGAGGUUCUCUAAUGAUCUUGCUUCACCAUGGCAACCAAUAUGGAGGUGCUGGCUCAGCAGAUAGUGGAGACACAGCAGGUGGCUGAGGAAAUGCACCGUGGUAACAUAAUGUGAUGAUUGUAUCUUGCCACUGGAGAGCUCGGUCCUUCCCAAGAGCAUGUGAAGCUCUGUGAUUUCUUCCUGGCCGGUACAGACUGUUCAGACAUCAUUAUCUGAAUCUCCAGUGAUGACCAGCCCCUCUCAACGCAUCCAAAUUAUCUCUACAGACUCUUCUGUAGCUUCACCACAGCGCAUUCAGAUUGUGACAGAUCAGCAAACAGGACAGAAAAUCCAGAUAGUUACAGCAGUGGACUCAUCAGUGUCUCCGAAGCAACAGUUUAUCUUGGCCAGUCCAGAUGGAACUGGAACAGGAAAGGUGAUAUUGGCAGCACCUGAAACAUCUAAUGCCAAGCAACUUAUCUUUACCACCACUGACAACAUUGUACCAGGCAGAAUUCAGAUUGUGACAGACUCUGCUUCAGUGGAACGUUUGUUGGGUAAAGCUGAUGUCCAGCGACCACAAGUAGUAGAAUAUUGUGUUGUUUGUGGAGAUAAAGCAUCAGGUCGUCACUAUGGCGCUGUCAGUUGCGAGGGAUGCAAAGGUUUCUUUAAAAGGAGUGUAAGGAAGAAUUUGACCUACAGUUGUCGUAGCAACCAGGACUGUAUCAUCAAUAAACACCAUCGGAAUCGUUGCCAGUUUUGUAGGCUUAAGAAAUGCCUAGAGAUGGGCAUGAAAAUGGAAUCGGUUCAGAGUGAAAGAAAGCCUUUUGAUGUGCAACGGGAGAAACCAACGAACUGUGCAGCUUCAACUGAAAAAAUCUAUAUCAGGAAAGACCUAAGAAGCCCUCUCAUAGCAACUCCAACAUUUGUAGCAGAUAAAGAUGGCACCCGGUCAACGGGUCUUCUUGAUCCAGGAAUGCUUGUGAACAUUCAGCAGCCAUUGAUACGGGAUGAUGGUACAGUCCUGCUAGCUACAGACUCCAAGGCUGAGACAAGUCAAGGUGCUUUAGGAACACUGGCAAAUGUUGUAACAUCCCUUGCCAGCCUCACUGAGUCACUUAAUAAUGGAGAUACUUCUGAAAUCCAACAAGAGGAUCAAUCUGCAAGUGAGAUCACUCGGGCAUUUGAUACUUUAGCUAAAGCACUUAAUACCACAGAUGGCACAGUAGCUCAGAACUUGGCAGAUGGGAUGGAUCCUACAGGAGGAGGGAAUAUUCAUGUAAUCAGCAGAGAUCAGUCAACACCAAUAAUUGAAGUGGAAGGACCCCUACUUACAGAUACACAUGUCACAUUUAAGCUAACAAUGCCUAGUCCAAUGCCAGAGUACCUUAAUGUACAUUACAUCUGUGAGUCAGCAUCACGACUGCUUUUCCUCUCAAUGCACUGGGCUAGAUCCAUCCCUGCUUUCCAAGCACUUGGACAGGACUGUAACACAAGCCUAGUUCGUGCCUGCUGGAAUGAGCUGUUUACCUUAGGCCUAGCACAAUGUGCACAGGUGAUGAGUCUAUCUACUAUCCUAGCAGCUAUCGUCAACCACCUGCAGAACAGCAUACAGGAAGAUAAGCUUUCCGGAGACAGAAUAAAGCAAGUCAUGGAACACAUCUGGAAACUUCAGGAAUUCUGUAACAGCAUGGCCAAGCUUGAUAUUGAUGGAUAUGAAUAUGCAUACCUUAAAGCUAUAGUCCUCUUUAGCCCUGAUCACCCUGGUCUGACGAGUUCAAGCCAAAUAGAAAAAUUCCAAGAGAAGGCACAGAUGGAAUUGCAAGACUAUGUCCAAAAAACCUAUCCAGAAGAUACUUAUAGGUUAGCCCGGAUUCUAGUUCGCCUACCAGCACUUAGACUGAUGAGCUCUAGUAUUACAGAGGAACUUUUUUUUACUGGCCUCAUAGGAAAUGUUCCGAUUGACAGCAUAAUCCCAUACAUCCUCAAAAUGGAAACAGCAGAGUAUAAUGGUCAAAUAACUGGCACGUCUGCAUAGUUGGAACAAUGCAACUUGAUGGAUCAAAGUAAUUUUAGUAAAACAAGUAACUACACAAUUAAGAGAAAUAAGUUUUUUUUAAAAAAUGACAUUUUGGUAUGUACAAAUAUUUCCAACAUGUUACCAGUUUCCUACCAGACUGCUCCCUGUCUAUUUAUUUCCAGUGACAAAGUAUAAAAAGCUCUUAAAACACCUCCAACUAGGACCCUUUUCUGCCACAAGGAGUGUUUUGAUGCCUUUCAUUCAAAAGGCUGUAGAUUACUGAACAUACUUUUAACAUGCUUUGUAUUUAGAAAUUAUCAAUGGGCAAAAAUAGAGUUUUAUAAUGUCAGAGAUUAGUAUUAAAAAUUGCUAAAAGAAGAACAGUAUGUAUAUAUUUAAAAUUUUCCUUGGAAUUAAUAUCUAAUAAUUACCAGGGUAUAAUGAUGAUAGCACUUUCUAAGCACUUCUUGUCAAAAUGAUAAUGUCAUCAACAUUUUUGCUUAUGAGCAGGGCAAAUGGAAAAUUGCCUAUGUUUUUGGUCAAAAUGCUAGUAAUUUCUGUGAAGGCUAUAGGAGACAAUCAUUUAUACUACAAAAAAUUGCUAUUAAUAAUGUUAUGCAUUUAAUGGUAAAGUGGAAAUUUAAAGCAAAUUUCUACACUGUUAGCACUAAACUCUGCUAAAUUAGUGAAAAUGAGGUUUAUUUGACAUAAGCAUAGUAACUAUAGUAUAAUUAGCAGCAUUAAUAAAUGCUACAGAAAUUGCCCAAAUUGGAAGGCAGAAUACCAGUUUCUUGCCAUAGUAAUAAUGAAGCUUUCAGAUUCCUGAAAGUUUCAAUUCCAGCCUGGCAUAGAUGUUUACACAGUCAUGAUAGAUGUUAUUCCAACAGGACGACUUUUGGUUGUGGGGGAAAUCAAUCAUGGGGGAAAUCAGUCAUUAACUGGCAGGGAAGCAAUCCUUUCAAAUAAAGUCAUGCACUCCUAGGCUCUGUGUAUACUUUUUAUAUUUCCAAAUUCAUUCCUUCUGUCUGCAGCCCUAAAUUACCCUCACCUUCCUAGGAGCCAAAGGGGAUGAUUGUGACUUCGUUAGAGCCCAUAAUACUGCUGUCAGCUAUGGGAUAAGUGCAGAACAUGAAAUUCUCUUUCUUUCCCAGGGACUGAGCAUCCUGUCUUUGCAGUGCUCCGUACCCCAUUCUGAUCCAGUUCUAAAUUGGAGUGUCAGCUGGGUUUUUAUAUUCAUUCAUGUGCAGUUACAGUUAAUGACGAUUGUUUGGAGUUAGAAUACUAACAAUCUUUGUUUUUAUCUUGGGUAGUAACCUAUCAAGUUGUUUUAUAGGAUUCACCUGUUCCUGCUAAUAUUGCAUUUAUUUUAGUAUAAUUUAUUAAUAUUAACACUGAACAUUUUAAGCAAUCAAAAUUCAUAAAAAAGCAUUUUGUCAGAAGAGUUAUAGCUGCAUUAAGCUGAUUCUUGCUUAUUACAUACAUUCAUUAAUUACUUUAAUGAAUUUACAUGACAGUGUCAUUUUCUACUUGCAUACUUGUGUGUGACAAAAAUAUAAAUAAUGAAUUCAGCACUUUUUUGUUUCUGGUAUUGGCAUUGAUUUAGAAACAUUCCAACAGGGUAGGUUUUUGUCUCUAAAGGGUCUGAACUAUAGCCAAAGGAUUUUGAGCAACUCCUUGCUAAUGUAUUAGUAAGUCCUGUCUUGGUACAAUUCACCCUUAUUGUAAGGCUCUCAUUUGUAACACUCAUUCUGAUAAAUAAGGCUAUGUAAUUUUAGCUCCUAGGUACAUUAAACUCAAUUACAAUCUCCAUCUUUAUAAAGUUCAGAAAUCUUGGUUCUCAAGAAGAGUGGUAUAGACGGAGUACAAUGUAAAGGCAGACAUCUGCAGUAUUGCAACAUCUUCUUUCUAAGCUUUUAUUAUAGUAAAUUAAGUUGGUCAUUUCUUUAAAAGUGACAAGAGACCCUAUAUUUUGAACAUCCUUAGGCCAACUGGAAUGCAGACCUAAGCCUUAGCCGUUAUAUUAUAGUGUCACUAGUUGUAGGGUUGUGUCAGCACUUCCGAUAUAAAACCCCUGUUUUAAGGGUUUACUACUUGGCCUUAGAAAUUAGUUGUGGCCUGAAUUUUAACAUACAAGGUACUUGCCUUGGAAACAGAAUUUCAAAGAAAAGUUGUGGCCAUUUUUGUGCAAAAGUGAAUGUUAGAGGUUUACUGUUUUGCUUGUUUGUUUAAAAAUAUAGAGUGCACAUUGAACUGUUUGGGGGGGGGGGCUAAUGGCAAAAAAUUAGCAGGUGAUAUAAUUUAAUCACUUGUAAUGUGUAGUAAAAAUAAUUAAAACCGUCAAGUAAGCAUUUUUAGAGGAGCAUGAAAUAUUCAUAAACAAAAAGUAUAGUAAACCACUGGAAAUCAACGUUUUUCCAAAUUUUAUUAUAAACUUGAGACCAUUUUCAUGAAAAAUGUUGUUGGACAUGUACAUUUCUCAAGUAAAGGGUCUCAUUUGCUGGUAAAGAUGAGCCCAGGUUUGAGUAAAACCUUCUCUGUUGAAAACGUGCAAAAAAUAGUUUGUUUGUUUUUUCAUUGUGAAAAUAGCCAUUUUGAAAAAGGAAACCCACAUAAAACUAAGCUGUGGAGCAAAAUCACA